AUGUGUCCCGAUUCUUCGGUCGGUGGUUCUGCGGCCGUUUCGCACACGCUGACCAGAUCUACAAUCGGGGAAGAGAAGACACAAAUGUUCAACAGAUUGAAUUGCGUGGGCGUUGGAAUGCAGGAAUCCCCUCCCCCGACACCCGAACAAACUCCUCCAACAGAUAACGGCCCAUCGGCUUCGGUUGAGGGUGGUGAACGGCGGCCGCUGGACGACAAGAACAAAACCGACCCGGGAGUCUUGGCCAAGAGCCUCAAUCCGUGA